AUGACCCGCGAGUCCUUCAACGGCACCGUGACCUUCUGGGAGUCGACGACGGGCGCAAAGUUCCAUUUGAGCGAGCGCUGGGCGGGAGACCAUACCCGCGGCGAUAAGACGAGGAAGAGGAUCGAGGAGAGGUGGAAAUCCCGACCGGCAAGGUACGACCUUCUCACUCCAGAAGGCAAGAAGGCGUGGAAAAAGGACACCGCCAAGCGCCAAGGGAUGAACCGGCACGAGCUCCUGAAGAGCAUGACCGACCUGACGAGCUUGCCCAUCUCGCCUUGGAAGCAGCUGUACGAUUCCGAGUCGUUGGUGGUUGUGCCGUACGAGUCCAUAGAGAUCGUCUUCAAUGGCAGCCAAGUCUGGGGCAAUCUCGGCAACCACCACCCUGCUUGCAUCUACUACGACAUGGAGGACGACUCCAGGAGCUGGCUGCCCCUCAUCUCUGGCGACGGCGAGAAAGAGCUGCAGGUCGGCAAGGCGGUGGCGAUACCAGUGGGCCCCCCGAUGUCCAAGCACACUUGCCAGGAGCUCGAAGACAGCAUCGAGAUGGAGAUCGAGGAGAGCGUCCGCAUGAUCCGCAUGCGGCAGGGGAAGGACAGCAGCUUCACGGGGAACCGGAAAUCUGCGGACGCUGGGACGAUGAGCGAGGAAGCCGACCUCUUGCAAGAUUGCUUGGAAAAGUACGUGGAGUUGCUCGAGGCCGAGAUGAAGCUGGAAGCGGACUGGUGCUACGACGACGGGGAUCGCUUGCGGAAGCCCUGGGGCCCUACGUCCCCGCUGAACACGCAGACGUACAUGCAGCAGUGCCGAGUCGAGUGGAGCAAGUAUUGGAAGAAGAAGGAUGCGCUCAAGAAGGCCAGGUCGUACCUGCCCGUGAAGGACAAUCACGUUUUGAGCGGCAUCCCAUUCCACAUAUCGAGCACAGACCUCAAGGUGAUCCGAAAGGAUCUGAUGGAGUGCAGGGCUUUGCAGGAGUACUUCUCGCUUGACAUGGAGGAGGCCCCUUUUUUCACUGUGGUGAAGGUCUUUCCAAUGCCCAGCAGCGUUCUUUCCGUGUGGAUUUUCUUCGGCGCAGAGGUUCCGAUGUCAAAGGAACGGGUGUUAGAGUUGGCGACCGCCAAGGUGAAGAAGAUAUUGGAUAAAGACCCCGACGCAUCCUCGGAGUCAGAGGAAGACGAGAAGGCGAGAAGGGAGAGGAAAAGGAAGAGGAAGAAGGGUGCGUGGGCCAAAGAUGAAAUCAAGGGCUGA